CUGGUCACGUUAGAAUCAUCAACGUCCACUCAACGACUUCCAAAUUCCCACAAAAUAUUCCCUGCAGCUUCUCAGUCUCUGCUUCACAGAUUUCCAUGGCGGCCUCCUUCGCCACACCCCAUCUUUCAUUUUCACCUCUCUCUCUUUCCAAUUACCUCCAUCCAACCCUUUCUCUCGCACCCCAUUCCAAUCCAUGGUCUCAAUUUUCUCCUUCCCAUUCCAAAAAUUCCUCCAUUCCUUUCAAUGGUACCUCCCGAGCCAUUCACAAAUUCCACUCUCUCAAAGAAUCAAACAAACCCCUCUUCAGAAUCCCUUCUUCCAAUCGAAGGUUUCUUCUUCCUAUGGAUUCUUCAGAAUCUUUGCCUACUUGCAGAGAAGUUCUUCUGAAAUCUGCCGCCUCAGAUGGUGUUACCCCUUCUUCCUCUCUCUCUCAAACUGUGCUUGGGGUUAUUCAUUUGGUUGUUUCGCUUGGAAUUAUUCUUGCGGCUGAUAAGCUUUUGAAAGGGGCUUUUGUGGCUGCUGCGAUUAAGUUUCCUAGUGCAUUGUUUGGGAUGUUCUGUAUUUUUUCUGUUUUGUUGGUUCUUGAUUCUACUGUUCCUGCUGCUGCUACUGGCGUUAUGAACUUCUUUGAACCGGCUCUCUUGUUUAUUCAGAGGUGGCUUCCUUUGUUUUAUGUUCCAUCCUUGGUUAUUUUACCUUUGUCUGUGAGGGAUAUACCUGCGGCAUCUGGGAUCAAAAUUUGCUUCAUAAUAGUUGUAGGUUGGCUAGCUACUCUGUGUGUUGCAGGAUAUACGGCUAUAGCUGUUAGAAAUAUUGUAAAAACGGAAAUGACUGAUGCUGAGCCUAUGAAAAAACCAUCUCCCUUUUCAUCAGUUGAAGCGUGGAGUUGGACUGGAAUUUUUCUGGUGUCAUUUGUUGCUGCUUUGUUUUAUCCAACAGCACUAGGGACAAGUGCUCGAACAUUCCUUCCGUUCCUCCUUGCGUCAACUGUGUUAGGCUACAUUGUUGGUUCUAAUUUACCGAGCAGCGUGAAGACAGUUUUCCACCCAAUCAUCUGUUGUGCAGUCUCUGCCGAUCUCGCUGCACUGGCUUUUGGAUACUUUUCCCGCUCUGGGCUUGAUCCAAUUCUAGCUGCAUAUUUGACAAAAGAAUCAUCUAACCCUGGAGCUGGUGAUAUUCUAAUGGGAUUUUUGGGAUCUGUUAUCCUCUCCUUUGCUUUCUCAAUGUUCAAACAGAGAAAGCUCGUGAAAAGGCAUGCAGCUGAGAUUUUUACCUCUGUCAUUAUCUCAACUAUAUUCUCAUUGUACUCAACUGCUCUUGUUGGACGUUUUAUCGGAUUAGAACCGAACUUGACUGUUUCAAUCCUACCAAGAUGUAUAACUGUAGCAUUGGCACUCAGCAUUGUGACAUUUUUUGAAGGCACCAAUUCAUCUGUCACUGCUGCUGUGGUCGUUGUAACUGGUUUGGUUGGGGCAAAUUUUGUCCAAGCAACCCUUGAUAAUCUGAAGUUCCGUGAUCCUAUCGCCCGGGGAAUUGCAACUGCUUCUAGUGCACACGGGCUCGGAACAGCAGCGUUAUCGGCCAAGGAACCGGAGGCUCUCCCAUUCUGCGCCAUUGCCUAUGCUUUGAAUGGAAUUUUUGGCUCUUUGCUUUGCUCACUUCCAUUAGUUAGGCAAAGCUUGAUUGCCAUUGCUGGCUGAUAUAAAGCCAGUCUCUUGCUCACCAUCAUUUCUAAUGUCUGGUAAAAGGAAAAUCAGGGAAGCAUGAACUUUGUACAGGGAAGAACAUGCUGAUAUUCUAGUUCAUUUAUUUUUUUAAUUUUUCGUUCUUCAGCAUAUUCCUUAUUUAAAAAGGAAUUUAUUUUUCUUUUCCUUUUUCCUUGCAGUUCAUCCUUAAUUGGAAGGCCCCUUCUCCCAUGUAUUAAAAAAAUAGUUAUAAUAAAAUAUGAAGCAUGUCCAUAUAUUUAGUUUUCGCAGUUUAAUGGAAA